AGCCCCACCCAGUUGACUCUGCUGUUCACUUGACGCUCAGCACUGGGCACUGGGCACUGGUAGCUGUGUUGCACUGACACUUUGGCUCACCUGCAGGAAUCGACCUGGAGUCUACUUCCACCCCCAGCCACACUGUGUCAGACAACAGGGAUUCAAUUCCUCAGACUGAGUGCAGAGUGAGCUCAUUGCAAGAUGACCAUUCUGCCCCUCCAGGGAACACAGGGGCUUCUGCUGGGAAUCAGUGAGCUUCUGCCACCCGGCAGUGAGGAGCUGUUCCAUGGCCUGGGAAACUCCAGCCACCAGGCCCUGGGGAGCCGUGCCUUGGGAGAGGUCAUCGCCAUCCUGUGGGUGACAUCCAGCUUGUCCUUGGUCACUGUGGUGGGCAACAUCCUGGUGCUGCUCUCCAUCCAGUUCAACCAGAGGCUGAGGACAGUGACCAAUUACUUCCUGUUGAGCCUGGCCUUGGCUGACCUGAUCAUUGGUCUCUUCUCCAUGAACCUUUACACUACCUACAUCAUCCUUGGCCACUGGGCACUCGGCAGCCUGACCUGUGACCUCUGGCUUGCUGUAGACUACGUUGUCAGUAACGCAUCAGUCAUGAAUCUGCUGGUGAUCUGCUUCGACCGGUACUUCGCUAUCACUCACCCCUUGACGUACAGAACCAAGCGGACCCCAAGGAGAGCAGCCAUUAUGGUUGGCAUAGCCUGGUGCAUCUCCAUCAUGGUGUGGGUGCCCACCAUUUUGUGCUGGCAGUACACCGUGGGCCAGCAGACGGUGAGGGCAGGCAGCUGCAAAGUCCAGUUCCUCUUGGAGCCCAUCACCACCUUCGGCACGGCCGCCAUCGCCUUCUAUCUGCCUGUGGUGAUCAUCACCAUCCUGUACGCCCGCAUCUACAGGGAGACAACGCGGCGCACACAGGCGCUGGCAGCUCUCCAGGAGACAGGGGGCAGUGUCACCAAACGGCAGGGCACGGGCAGGAGGCUGCUGGAGCCCAAACACACACCCUCCGACAGCCAAACCUGGCCCAAAUCCAAGAGCAUCAUGGUCCGGGAGAGCAGCGGGUCCAUUGUCAAGGAGAAGAAAGCGGCCAGGACGCUGUCGGCCAUCUUGCUGGCAUUUAUAGUGACCUGGUCUCCGUACAACAUCAUGGUGUUGGUGUCAACAUUUUGCACUGACUGCAUCCCUGCUGGUCUCUGGCAGCUGGGUUACUGGCUCUGCUACGUGAACAGUACCGUUAACCCCCUGUGCUAUGCUCUGUGCAGCAGUGAGUUCCGCAUUACCUUCAAACGGCUCUUACUCUGUCACUGGGACAAGAGGAAAUGGGCAAGACAAGCCAGAUCCUGAAAGGAGGCACGACUCCCUCCUCCUCUGCCCCCUGUGGGUCAGGGAUCCCACAACACCAGCUGGCGGCCCCCCACAGUUGGCAUACAGCCCAGGACCAGGGCAGCUGGGACUAGAUACCAGGGACAUUUUGAUUCCCCUUUAGCCUGUCCCUAAUUGCCCAUGGCCACCAAUGUGCAUUGGGAGUCAUGCGCUGGCCACUCAGGCAAAUGAGACUCUUCAUUCAUCCCAUACCUAACCGUCACAAACUCCUAAUAAACCCUCGACAUCUGGUGACAGGGCAGGCCAGGUCUGGGAGAGGAGCUGAAUGGUUUCUUCCUCUUUCAGAGACAUUCCCAGACCUUGCCUCAAUAACAGUUAGACCAGUCUGUGCACAACAGGAUCCAGCAAACUGGCUGGGGUAUUUUCCACCCGCAUUUUAGAGGAGUGUUAUAGGAGCAGAAGUAGGCCAUUCAGCUCAUCGUCUGUUCUACCAUUCAAUGGUUGAUCUGAUCACCCUCUACUCCAUACUCCUGGGUUUCUCCCCAUAACCCUCAACCCCUUUCCUGAUUAAAAAUCUCUCGGUCCUGAAUAUACUGAACGACCCAGUCCUGGCAGUCCUCCCGCAGUAAAGAAUUCCACAGAUUCAAUCCCCUGGGAGAGGAGAAAUUCCUCCUCAUCUCUGCCUUCAAUGUGUGACUCCUCACAAUGAGAUGAUUCCCUCUGAUCCUAGACUGUCCCAUGAAACGAAACCGCUUCUCCACCUGUACCCUUGUCAAGUUCCUUCAGACUCCCACACAUCCCAAUAAUGUCAUCUUGCAUUCUUCUGAACUCUAAUGUGUACAGGCCCAGCCUUUUCCCUCAUCAGUCAGGGCCUCCAUCUCUGGGAUCAUACUCCUCUGGACCUCCUCCAGUAUCAGUACAUUUUUCCUUGGAUAAGGAAACGUCCUCCUUUUCUCCAGUUUUCGGGAAGCUCGCACGCACCCACACCCAGGAGCCAGCAGCAUUGUGAAAGGCAGGGCCUCCCCCCUGUAUCUCUCUCAGCCAACAAUGAUGCAGUGCUAGAUAACAAAGUGUGGAGCUGGACGAACACAGCAGGCCAAGCAGCAUCUCAGGAGCACAAAUGCUGAUGUUUCGGGCCGAGACCCUUGCCUGCCUGGUUUAACACCGAAGACAGAAUUGCCUGUAGCCUUAGGUGCCAGGGCCGUGCUCACUGCACAGGUUGCCAUAAAACUCAGACAUUCAUGCUGUGUUAAAACAUUGGCCUUAUCAGCAGCCCCUAUUGGGCUCAUGUGAAGGG